AUGGCAGAGUUAGAAGCUAUUGAUAGUAAAGUGAAAACAUACCUGAUGGAUAUUGGAUAUGAUAAAUGGUCUCAGGCGCAUUCCAAGGCAAAUAGAACCAUGACCAUGACAUUGAAUAUUGCGGAAUCAGUAAAUGCAGCAAACAAGCACGCAAGAGACCUCCCAGUUGUGAAUUUGCUUGACUUUAUGACAACAUUGAUUCAAAAAUGGAAUUACACCAAUCGAAAGGAUGCAGUGGAAUUAUUUAUGAAGAUUGGUGCAAAGUAUGAAAAAAUAUUGGCAGAUAAUACUAUCUUAUCACAGACGAUGACGCUAGACGAUAUUCCAUGUCCACAUGCAAUGGCAGUUAUACAAAAAUUCCAUAUGGAUUCAUACAAGUAUUGCUCGGAUUACUACAACAUAGACUACUUGCUGAAAACAAAUGAGAUACCAGUAAAUCUAUUGCCUGAUGAAACAACGUGGCAAAUUCCAGAAGAUGUCUCUUCGCAGGUGAAAUACAAAUGGUGCACCGGAUACAAUGUGAUGCCCAAAAUGCGCACGCUUUGGAACUCAUGUCAGUACUUACAUCUAGUUGCUGAAGGAAGAAAGAUGAAGAUUAAAGCUUAG